UACGUCGAGCGGACGUGGUAACGUCCUUUCUGUCGCGGACUGCCAUCAUGGUGUUCAAACGCUACGUCGAGAUAGGCCGCGUCGCCUACGUCUCCUUCGGACCCCACGCCGGCAAGCUGGUGGCCAUCGUAGAUGUCAUCGACCAAAACAGGGCUCUGGUUGAUGGUCCCUGCACAGGCGUGAGGAGGCAAGCCAUGCCUUUUAAGUGUAUGCAGCUCACUGACUAUGUAAUCAAAGUACCACACAGUACCCGUCAGAAGUUUGUGAGGAAGGCUUGGGAGAAGGCCCAAGUAAAUGAGAAGUGGGAACAAAGCAGCUGGGCCAAGAAGAUCGAGGCCAGAAAGAAGAGGGCGAAAAUGAGUGAUUUUGAUCGCUACAAGGUGAUGAAGGCCAAGAGAGUGAGGAACAAGAUCAUCAAGCAUGAAGUGAAGAAGCUUCAGAAGGAGGCGGCAAAAAAGUGAUUUCUUCCCACCAAUAAAACCCUCUUUUGAGUUA